AUGGCUCCUCGGAAGCGGCCGGCGGCUUCUACCAUCAGCCGCCCCAAGGCGAAGGCGAAGACAGAGCCAGGACCGUCGUCCCUCUCAUCAGGCUCCUCCGCCUCUGAAGCUCCGCGCCCUGCGGCUUCGGCUUCAGCUUCGGACGGCCUCCCGGAUCCCGACAGCGCUGAGCUUGAUGAAAUCUCAGCCCGCUUCUGGGCAGACUCUUCGGAUGAGGCGGCAGGCGCAGAUGCUCCCCCUCGCACGACAACGAGAUCAGGCUCAGCCUCUGGCGCACGCAAUGGCCCUCCGCCGCCCAUGCCGGUCAACCUCCCUGGCGCCAGGCCUGAUGCUGCGGCUCCAGCAGUUGCACCUAUCGCCGUGGCCCCUUACAUGGUGGGAGGGCGUGCCUUGCCGCGGCCCCCUGGCUGGGACGAGGUCUCUCGGGACGACUUCCGCAUCCUCGCAGCCAUUCCGGUCGGAGUCCUUAUGCGAUACGUUCUCUUCGUUGUGGACAAGGGACUGCAGGCUGGCUUCUGCCAGGCUUCUUUCGCGUGUGCUCAGAUGUGGCCUGCAGGCUGUGCUCCCACCUUCUUCCUUACAGUGCACGCGACCCUGCAUUUGGCCGAUGCCUGGACCUUGAAGGUUCAGUCGCUGCAUGCUCUGACCGCCCUGCACUGCUCCACGCCUGUGUGCUGCUCCGCUUGGCUCGUGGGCUCAGGUUCUCGGAGUGCUCUUCUUGAGGCAGCAGGCCCUGACAGGGAAUACCUGCAGAUGCCGCCGCCGGACCACUGGGCCAAGAACCCAGGCAGUGAGGACCCGAUCCCCUCAAAGGCCACGCUCGACGACACCGAGGAGACCGAGGAAGUUCUGGUCGAAGAGGAGGCCCCGUCCGCUUCCUCCAUGGCACCUGUACCCCGGCUCGCUCCAAAGCCGAAGGUGCGCUCCCAGCCACUGGCCGUCAAGCCCGUCAAGGCCAAAUCCAUGCCGAAGAGCAGGAGGACGCCCAUGCAGGUCACUGCUUUCCCGGGCCCAGGCCUGCAGGCCACCUUUCUCCGCGAGUCCGACUUGGCGGAGGGCAGGGUGGUGGCGGUCACAACUGACGCCAUUCAGGUGCACUUGAAGGACGGCUCCUACGGCGAGCUCACCGUGCCGGGAUCCUUCCGUAAGUCUUUUUGCAGCGGAGAUGUGGUCCAGCAGAUGGAAGUGGUGGGGAUGGAACCUGAGCAGCCCAUCCUUCUGGCGCUGACGCGCCCGGCUCUGGCGGUGGACGGCGUGGACAUUGACCUGUCUGCAAUGGAGAGACCGCCAG